AUGGCUGCCGACACUCUCUCCCUCGCUGGCAAGGUUGCCAUCGUCACUGGCUCCGGCCGUGAAAAUGGAAUCGGCGCCGGAAUCGCUCUCGCCCUAGCCCGAAACGGAGCGGCUGUCACCAUCAACUACGUCUCCGACUCAGUCACUGAGCGAGCUAACGCUCUGGCUGACAAGCUCAGGAGCAUUGGAGGCCGAGCUGCUGUUGUGAAGACCACUGUCGAUACACCUGAGGGUGCCAAGUUUCUCGUUCAAGAGACCCUCAAGGCUUUCGAAACUGACCGCAUUGACAUUCUGGUCAACAAUGCGGGUUGGGGAACUGCUAGUAGCAGUCUCGACAUGACGGCCGAAGACAUUGCUAGAACCUUUGAUGUCAAUGUCAAGGGCCCCAUCUUUGUUGCUCAGGCUGCCGUGCCUCACAUGCCCCCCGGUGGCCGAGUCAUCAACAUCACGUCCACCGCCUCCAAGCUUGGACAAGCCGAUAUUCCCAUCUAUGGAGCUUCCAAGGCUGCCCUUGAUAGCCUUACCUGGUCGUGGGCCAAGGAGUGGGGUCGCAGCCAUGGUAUCACUGUCAACUCUGUCGCCCCUGGCCCCGUUGUCACAGACAUUGUCCUACCGGAGCUCCAGGAAGAGCUGCACCGGGAGCACGUCAACAACACUAGGGCUGCUAAGAGAGUCGGCACCAUUGAGGAUAUUGGUGAUGCUGUUCUACUCCUUGUGUCCGAGAAGUCUCGAUGGAUUACUGGACAGUACAUUUCUGUCAGCGGUGGAGUGAGCAACUAG